AUGUAUUCGUGCGAGGAUGACCUUUCCGCGGAAGUUAUUCCCAUAAAAUGCAAAUUACAAAGGCAUAAAAAGACGAAAAAUGAACAAAAUGCAUAUAUGCAGGCUCUAAUAGAGUGCUCAGAGAUUUCCAGGAAACGACCUAGAGUAGACCAAAAUAAUGCAAAGCCAAAAAGCAAAUCAUACAAAUACUAUGUGUCUUCCAGUUCGGGAAAGCACCGUGAACGUUUCAGCUUGUCUUUCGGUAGACCACAGGUCGACACCUGCUGCACCUGUGAGGAGCUUUCCAACAAAAUUAAACCUAAGGCCUUGAACGAUGUUGCUAAACGUGUAGCUGUGGCGGAAAAAAUAGUUCACCAAAGAAGAGCCAAACAAUUCUACAGCAAGAUGAAGUCGAUUGAAGAGUUAUGCCAAACAGAUCCCAGUGUAGGAGCAAUUUGCGUGGACUUCAUGCAAAAUCUUACACUUCCUGUUAUUCCGGUCCAAGACACAUUCUACCUUCAUCAACUAACUGUCAAUGUCUUCAAUAUCCACGACUUAAAAUCUGGAAGAACUAUGUUUUAUGUAUAUCACGAAGACCUUGGACGAUUCAAGACUGUGAACCAAUACUUCCCAGUAAGAGGCCAUUCGUACAUGCCAUGUGACAGGGAUUUUGCCAUGGCGAAGAGAAAAAUUAAGAACAAUGACCGAAUGUACCUGCUAAAAGAUUAUGUUUCCUUGAUUCUCAAUUCAAGCACUAAAAAUAAAUUUUCCGUAUACGUAAUGGAUGGAGAGAAUACAUUGAUCAAAGACUAUAAGAAAUGGUGGCCCCUUUACUACAAAAAAAAAUCUUUGUCCACAGAAUCUUAUAUAAGGGUGGGUAUACAAAGAGUUACGAGGAAAUUAAAAGAAGACUGUGAAAAGCCAAGGCGAUCCAAUGUCCUCCAGGGGAUCCAAGGGAAUCAGAGAGGAGAAGAUCCUCUAGAUAAUGACAGUGACACUAAUGGUGUUCUAAGCACGGAUGCAUCUUUAGACGUAGAUUUUGGUGUAGGUGUGAUUGAAGUACCAAUAGUAUCUGAUUGUAAACCAUGCGAUCGUGCGCAAUUCUUCGACAGUUUGCAUUCUGAACUGGAAGCUUAUGGACAUUACCCGAAUAAAACUCGAUUUUGUUGUCGCAAACUGGAGUAA